AUGGCUUCAAGGAUUCCUUUCAGCCGGUUACCCAAGAAGCAUCAGCCCCCAGAUGCAACUGGAAACAGAGCUCAAUCAAUUACAAAGUUAAUCGGUGUGGAAGAACCAGAUCCGGAAGUCAUGGCUAAGGAAAAAGUCUUAUUUGUGAGAAACUUGGCUACUACUGUUACAGAAGAAACGGAGAAGUCAUUUUCUGAAUUUGGAAAGCUUGAAAGAGUGAAGAAACUGAAAGAUUAUGCAUUUGUUCAUUUUGAAGACAGAGGAGUAGCUGUCAAGGCCAUGGAUGAAAUGAAUGGCAAAGAAAUAGAAGGGGAAGAAAUUGAAAUAGUCUUAGCCAAGCCACCAGGCAAGAAAAGGAAAGAGCGUCAAGCUGCUAGACAGGCCUCCAGAAGCACUGCAUAUGAAGAUUAUUACUAUCACCCUCCUCCUCGCAUGCCACCUCCAAUUAGAGGUCGAGGUCGUGGUGGGGGGAGAGGUGGAUAUGGCUACCCUCCAGAUUACUAUGGCUAUGAAGAUUACUAUGAUGAUUAUUAUGGUUAUGAUUAUCACGACUAUCGUGGAGGCUAUGAAGAUCCCUACUACGGCUAUGAUGAUGGCUAUGCAGUAAGAGGAAGAGGAGGAGGAAGGGGAGGGCGAGGUGCUCCACCACCACCAAGAGGGCGGGGAGCACCACCUCCAAGAGGUAGAGCUGGCUAUUCACAGAGGGGGGCACCUUUGGGACCACCAAGAGGCUCUAGGGGUGGCAGAGGGGGUCCUGCACAGCAGCAGAGAGGCGGUGGUUCCUGUGGAGCUCGGGGCAAUCGUGGGGGCAAUGUAGGAGGCAAGAGAAAGGCAGAUGGGUACAACCAACCUGAUUCCAAGCGACGUCAGACCAACAACCAACAGAACUGGGGUUCCCAACCCAUUGCUCAGCAGCCGCUUCAGCAAGGUGGUGACUAUUCUGGUAACUAUGGUUACAAUAAUGACAACCAAGAAUUUUAUCAGGAUACUUAUGGGCAACAGUGGAAAUAGACAAGUGAGGGCAUGAAAAUGAUACUGGCAAGAUACGAUUGGCUCUAGAUCUACAUUCUUCAAAAAAAAAUUGGCUUAACUGUUUCAUCUUUAAGUAGCAAUUUGCUGCCAUUUGUAUUGGGCUAAAGAUUCACUAUUGUGUAUAUAUACUCAAGUCUUUUUAUUUUUCCUCUUCUCAUAAAUGCUCUUGGACAUUAUUGGGCUUGCAGAGUUCCCUUAUCCUGGGGGUUACAAUGCCUUUAUCGUUUCAGGCUUCAUUUUAGCUUCAAAACAAGCUGGGCACACUGUUAAAUCAUGAUUUUGCAGAACUGUUGGCUUUGAACAGUUUGAUUUUUUUUUUAAUUUGGGAUAGAUUACAUAGGCGUAUGGAGUAUGCUCUAAAUAAAAAUACAAGC